GGCUCUGGCCCCGCCCCCUGCCUUGGCGUUCAUUGGCCCGCGCCGGCGUCGAGGGCGGGAGGCGGGGUGGCGCGGCGCGGAGCCGAGCAGGACGGCAGCCAUCUUGCGCGGAGCUGGAGUCGGAGCCUGAGGCUGCCGCCGAGAGUGCGCGCCAGCCCGCGGCCCAGCCGAAGCUCUUUCCCGCCGCCUCUCCGCGCCUCGCCCAGGUCCAGCCCCGCCUGACCCUCCGCUUGGCACGGUCCCCUGACCCUCAGUCCGGCUCGGUCCGGCCUCCCAGCGGGGUCACGCAGCCGCCCCGGGGACGAUGAACGGAGGAUAAAUGGUGCCCAAGGCAGACAGCGGCGUCUUCCUACUGCUCUUCCUGCUCGUGCUCACUGUCACCGAGCCGCUGCGGCCAGAGCUGCGGUGCAACCCUGGGCAGUUUGCCUGUCGCAGCGGCACCAUCCAGUGUAUCCCCCUCCCCUGGCAGUGUGACGGCUGGGCAACUUGCGAGGAUGAGAGUGACGAAGCCAACUGUCCAGAAGUGACGGGGGAGGCGCGUCCUCACCAUGGGAAGGAGGCUGUGGAUCCGCGGCAGGGGCGGACCAGAGGAGGCGACCCUACGCACUUCCACGCAGUGAAUGUGGCACAGCCCGUUCGCUUCAGCAGUUUCCUAGGGAAGUGCCCAACAGGGUGGCACCACUACGAAGGCACGGCCAGCUGCUACAGGGUCUACCUGAGCGGGGAGAACUACUGGGAUGCCGCGCAGACCUGCCAGCGCCUGAAUGGCUCUCUCGCCACCUUCUCCACUGACCAGGAGCUGCGCUUUGUCCUGGCCCAGGAAUGGGACCAGCCGGAGCGGAGCUUUGGUUGGAAGGACCAGCGCAAGUUGUGGGUUGGCUAUCAGUAUGUUAUCACCGGCCGGAACCGCUCCUUGGAAGGUCGCUGGGAGGUUGCAUUCAAAGGCUCUUCAGAGGUGUUCCUGCCCCCAGACCCCAUCUUUGCUUCGGCCAUGUCUGAGAACGACAACGUGUUCUGUGCCCAGCUUCAGUGCUUCCAUUUCCCCACCCUGCGGCACCACGACCUCCACAGCUGGCACGCCGAGAGCUGCUACGAGAAGUCUUCAUUUCUGUGUAAAAGAAGUCAAACAUGUGUUGACAUCAAGGACAACGUGGUGGAUGAAGGGUUCUACUUCACCCCUAAGGGGGACGACCCAUGCCUGAGCUGCACCUGCCAUGGAGGGGAGCCUGAGAUGUGCGUGGCUGCUCUCUGUGAGAGGCCCCAGGGCUGCCAGCAGUACCGCAAGGACCCCAAAGAGUGCUGCAAGUUCAUGUGUCUGGACCCAGAUGGCAACAGCCUGUUCGACUCCAUGGCCAGCGGGAUGCGCCUGGUUGUCAGCUGCAUCUCCUCCUUCCUCAUCCUGUCCCUGCUGCUCUUCAUGGUCCACCGGCUGCGCCAGCGGCGCCGGGAGCGCAUCGAGUCCCUGAUUGGAGCAAACUUGCACCACUUCAACCUCGGCCGCAGGAUCCCUGGCUUUGAUUAUGGCCCAGACGGGUUCGGCACAGGUCUCACGCCGCUGCAUCUUUCUGAUGACGGAGAGGGUGGGACUUUCCACUUCCACGACCCUCCACCUCCCUACACGGCAUACAAGUACCCGGACAUCGGCCAGCCCGACGACCCCCCGCCGCCCUACGAGGCCUCCAUCCACCCGGACAGUGUGUUCUAUGACCCUGCAGACGAUGAUGCUUUUGAGCCCGCGGAGGUCAGCCUGCCAGCCCCUGGGGAUGGUGGGAGUGAAGGUGCAUUACCCCGGCGCCUGGAGCAGCCUCUGCCCACUGUGGGGGCCUCUCUGGCAGACCUGGAAGACUCUGCCGACAGCAGCAGCUCCCUGCUCGUGCCCCCUGACCCUGCCCAGAGUGGGAGCAUCCCAGCUGCAGAGGCACUGCCAGGGGGCGGCCGCCACAGUCGCAGCUCCCUCAAUACUGUGGUGUAGACGGCCCGGCCUGUACCCCAACGGUCUGGGAGCACCUGUCUGUUGUCGAAAACACCGGUCCCUGGGGAGACUUGAAAGGCCCCUGUCCCAGCCUGGACGCCGCGCACUGCCGCACAUCACAGGUGGGCAUGCGUGUGUACAUAGAGACCACAGCCCGCCUCCUGCCAAAAGACGUGGUGGCCUGCACGGAGCUUCCUUGAGGGCUUCAGAAACAUGCUUAGCUUUGGAUCACUGUCUUCGCCUUUAUAAAUGGCAGAAGAGUGACAAAAUUCGUUCAGACCACACAUUUUAGAGGCAGGGAAUGAAGAAGGUACUGUGGGCCAUGGCCACACCCAACGCGUCUGUGGUGGGCCUGCUCACUGCAGUGUGCUGUCCAGAGACCUGCUGACCCAGUCGGGGAUGGGCACAGCGGGGGCUGCCACGGUGCCCCUUGCUGGCCGCCCUCAGGAAGGGCCUCUGGACUGUCGGUGUGGUGUAGGCAGUGGGUCUGCUUCAGGGAGGCAGCCUCUUGAGUUUGCCACAGUGGCUGCACUGAAGACGGCCCCACAAGCCCGGUUGUGAAUAUCAGGGUGGCCCUGCCCCUGGCUGGCAGCUCCCUUGGGACUCUGGAACCUGAAGCCCUGAGAAGGAGAGCUUGGAAGGAGGUUGAGCUCUUCUCUGUGUCUUUCCAUCUGGGCGCUCUGCAGCCCAGCUCUGCGGCAGGAGGCCUGACCCCACCCCGUCAAUCCCUCCCAGCAUUGCUGUGCAUGGCUGCCUCAGGAAGAAGCUCUGGACUGGGGCUGUGCUCUGCGGGCUCUGGAGACUGAGCUGCCUCCUGUCUCUCCACUCUGGAGCCCUGGGCUCUUGCCUCCUGUUGAAUUGCCCCUGGGCCUGCCCCCGACCCUGUUUGUGCCAUAAAGGGUUGCUUCAUUGCAGGAGGGGUGGCUGAAACCACCAUCCUAGGCUGCAUCUUUCUCCUUCAAGUCCACUCUACAUCACCGCCACUGCUGCAGCUCAGUGCCCAGCGGCCGCAUGCACACCUCCAGGCCCCUCCUCCGCAGCGCAGGGGCUGGGGGCCCUGCCUGGGACCCUUCUGCCUGAAGGACCCUGUUGCCUGCUCCUGGGCAGUGGUCUUGUUGCCUGAUACAGGGCCUUUAACAUUUCUGAGGUUUGGAGAUUAAGCGGGUUCUGUGCGAUUUUUAGCACAUCCAUCUUUUCUACGUUGAAUGUCUGGAUCUUUCCUUUAUAUGUUUGUCUCUGUGUGUGUAUGUGGCCAAGCGUUUGCAGGUGAGGGUGGUACAUGGAACUUUGCAGGUCAGUGGGGGCCCACUCUUCUAGGGUCAUCGACAUCCUGGGCUGUGCUGCGGCAGGGCUGUCUCACUCAGUCUUUCCAGACCUGCGGGGGCAGCACUUGGGAGGCCUGGCUGAAGCAUGCAGUUCUGUGGUGCUGCUCGGGGACGGACUCCAUGCACAGUCCACUUGACACAUUCUCACACUGUGGCUGGAGACCCAUUUUUUCCAUCCCGUGUGGAAUGAGAAUCUUGAGUUACUCAUGGACAGACUUGACCUUUGUGCCAGAGCUGUGAGUGAGUUUUGUCACUGAAUUGCCUGUCCCUGAGCUUGGCCUGCUGGAGCAUGAUGCUAGAGGCUGUGUGCGGGCAGGUUUGCGCUCCUCUUGGAGAAGGGCUGCUACUUCUUGAGAAGGAAGUCCUGGCCACAAGAGUCCCCCGCUGGCUGCAGAAGACAAAGCAGGAAGCACGUCAUGUAUCCCACAUGCACUGGGGCAUGGCAGCCAGGUUCCAGAGCAGCAGGCAUGUGCAUUAUGGGUGCCAGGUGGCCAGUGAGGGCCCGAGGACCACACAGCAGAGUCCCCCACGGGCCUGAUCCUGAGAGCUUAGAGGGUUCCUGCUUGGCCUCAGAACUGUGUGUGCAGGACAGGGUGGCUGGCACGAGAUGUGUGGGACUGGGACGCUUCCUUUGGGGACCAGAGGAACAUUAGGGCCAGUCAGACGUGUAGGGGGCAGCGAGGCAAUGGGGUAAAGUGGACCAUGCAGGCUGCAGAGGGUGGGCCUUGGGCUGGCCAGGGGUUACUGGGUGGCCCCUUCCCCAUGCGCCUCCACAAGCACUCAGGCCACUGGCACGUCAGGCCAGUCAGAAGGUCCACAUAGCAGAGCUGCCUGGAACACCUGUGGCUCCAGGAGGCCCUUGGGGGCAUGAGGAGAGCUGGACUCGCUCAUCUAUCCUUGCACCGCCAUCCAGAAUGCCCCCGUUGCAAGGCCUGCUGCAGCCCCCAGUCUGACCAGCAAGUCCCGGGGCUACCCUUGCCGAACCUUGUGCUCCAGGGGUCCUCCUACCCCAGGACCACCUUGCCACAGUUUCUCGGAGACCAGGUGUCCUCUGACCUGCCAUGUGGAGGUGGGAUUUGAUACUGUACAUUGUCUUGAUGCCUGUUUUUUUUUUAUGUUUUCCUUUCAUUAAGGGUUUUUAGUUUCUGGUUGGGUUGACACUAACUUUUCUUAAGAUGCUGUGAGAACCAUUUCAUCCAAAUGCCAAAUAAACUUGUGUUCUGGAAGAA